CCCCUCCUAAAUGUGCGUCAGUGAAAGUGUUUAGACCGGGGAUCCAGCCCACUCACACACAAUUUCCCGUUAGGCACACAUCAACAGCAGUACUAAUUUGGGAAUGGGAAGAUCAUACCAAAUAAUCAUGUUGGAGAACAAGGUUUUUUCCUGUUUUGUAUUCUAUAGUGUUCUCCUGGUAAUCAAGAUGUACAUCAUAGCAAUCAUCACUGGACAAGUAAGGCUGCGCAAAAAGGCUUUCGCGAACCCAGAGGAUGCGCAGAGACACGGUGGCGUCCAGCACUUCAGAGAGGAUCCGGAUGUAGAGCGGUGCCGAAGGGCUCACCGUAACGACAUGGAGAAUAUAUUCCCCUUCCUGUUCCUGGGGGCCGUCUACUCCCUGAUUGGCCCGUCGCUGGUUGUGGCCCACGCUCACUUCCUGGUCUUCUUCCUGUUCCGCGUGCUCCAUACAGUGGCCUACCUGUGUGUCCUGCGGGCACCCACGCGCUCCCUGGCCUACGUCAUCACCCAGGUUCCCUGCAUCUCCAUGGCCGUUCAGAUCCUCGCAUGCGUGUUCUGGCUCUAUCGGUGACCGCGUCAAUCUGUGACCUAUCUCAGUGGAUGAUUAGGGCCUGAUAAGAGCGGUAGAGGAUACUGCUCGUAAGAGGGAUGGAUGCUUUUCAUAUGAGGGAAAUCCUAAAGACUGUGUCGUCAUCAGACUGCAAUGCUACAACAGCAGUUUGUGCCUCUCAGCGAUACUCUAUAAAGUGUACACUCAGAAAUGAAGUCAGUGUUGUGCUCUAGCUAGUACAUCUUCAUGUAGUACUGUAUUCUUUCACAUCGUAGUCACUUAGCAGAUGCUAUUAUCCAGAGCAACUUGCAGGAGCCUUGCUCAAGGGCACAUAGUCAGAUUUUUCACCUAGUUGGCUUGGGGAUUUGAACCAGCGACCUUUCAGUUACUGGCCCAAUGCUCUUAACCACCAGGCUAUCUAUAUGCUACAGAAUGUUGAAGUCAAUUGACUCCCUCUGAAGGUUAUGGGGACACUACUCUCUGAAGAAAAAGGUUAACCUUUCAAUUAACAUGUAACUUUGUAAUCAAUUAAUUGUAUUGACAUGUUUUAUACACAAGUGAAGGUU